CAAUUUCACUCAGUCAUUUGUGGAUUGCUGAGGUUUACCACUAGACACUGCAGAUGAAGAGGAGUAGUAGAUGAAGAUAUUAAGUCGACAGGAGGCAAGGCGCCCAGGAAGAACCUCGCAACGAAGGCCGCUCGCAAGAGUGCACCAGCUACAGGAGAUGUCGAGAAGCUUCGUCGUUUCCGUGAAUUCGUCGCUACCAGAAGAGCACUGAACUGCUGCACAAGAUGCCGUUUCAGCGACUCGUCCGCGAGAUAGCCCAGGACUUCAAAACGGACCUGCGCUUCACAGAGUUCAUCCGUGAUGGCUCUCCAGCGUUUAACCAUCAUGCCCAGACGUGCAGCUGGCUCGGCGCAUAGGAGAGCGAAAUUGAAAUCGUCAACAUUGCAUAACAAUCGUCCCUCUUCAGAGCCACCAACAUUUCCAUACGUUGGUCCAAACUGUUUGCUUUUAAAAAAAAAUUUCAGUUUCACGAUUUGAAAAUGCCGCGCAUUCUGAAACGCGCAAACGCACACUAUAUACGUGAAUGCCCGCGAGGAUCGCGCGCGCAGCCCCACAGUCGACUAGUUGCCGCCGAGGAAGCUGCAUUGCCCGCUUCGCCCGACAACCAACAAUCGCCGCUCCCUUCUCUGAUUCUCUGUCAACGUUAAAAAUCAACGCUAUUUAUCAAAAUGCGCGAGUGUAUCUCAAUCCACGUUGGACAGGCUGGAGUCCAGAUUGGUAAUGCCUGCUGGGAGCUGUAUUGCCUUGAGCAUGGCAUCCAGCCCGAUGGCCAGAUGCCAUCAGACAAAACCAUCGGAGGUGGAGAUGACAGCUUCAAUACCUUCUUCAGUGAAACUGGAGCUGGCAAGCAUGUACCCAGAGCUGUUUUCAUUGACUUGGAACCAACCGUAGUUGAUGAGGUUCGCACCGGUACCUACCGCCAACUUUUCCAUCCAGAACAGUUGAUCACUGGCAAGGAAGACGCUGCCAAUAACUAUGCUCGUGGUCACUACACCAUUGGCAAGGAAAUUGUUGACCUGGUCCUUGACAGAAUCCGCAAGUUGGCUGACCAAUGCACGGGACUUCAAGGCUUCUUGAUUUUCCACUCAUUUGGUGGUGGCACUGGCUCUGGCUUCACUUCUCUCCUCAUGGAAAGACUCUCUGUGGAUUAUGGCAAGAAAUCCAAGCUUGAAUUUGCCAUCUACCCAGCACCGCAAGUCUCCACUGCUGUUGUUGAGCCUUACAACUCCAUCCUUACCACGCACACGACUUUGGAGCAUUCUGACUGCGCGUUCAUGGUCGAUAACGAAGCCAUCUACGAUAUUUGCCGUCGUAACUUGGACAUCGAGCGACCAACCUACACAAAUCUCAACCGUUUGAUUGGCCAAAUCGUUUCGUCCAUCACCGCCUCUCUUCGUUUUGACGGAGCCCUGAACGUGGAUCUGACUGAAUUCCAGACGAAUUUGGUGCCGUACCCGAGGAUUCAUUUCCCUCUGGUUACCUAUGCCCCAGUUAUCUCGGCCGAGAAAGCCUAUCACGAGCAGCUGUCGGUGUCCGAGAUCACUAACGCUUGCUUCGAACCAGCCAACCAGAUGGUGAAGUGUGACCCACGUCGGGGCAAGUACAUGGCCUGCUGCAUGCUGUACAGAGGAGACGUUGUACCCAAGGAUGUAAACGCUGCAAUUGCCACCAUCAAGACCAAGAGGACCAUCCAAUUCGUAGACUGGUGUCCAACUGGUUUCAAGGUCGGUAUUAACUACCAGCCUCCGACUGUCGUUCCUGGUGGAGAUCUCGCCAAGGUUCAGCGUGCCGUCUGCAUGUUGUCCAACACAACUGCCAUCGCAGAGGCCUGGGCUCGCCUGGAUCACAAGUUUGAUUUGAUGUACGCCAAGCGUGCUUUCGUUCACUGGUACGUCGGCGAGGGUAUGGAGGAGGGUGAGUUCUCGGAAGCCCGAGAAGACUUGGCCGCUCUGGAAAAGGACUACGAAGAGGUCGGCAUGGACUCCACCGAGGGCGAGGGCGAAGGCGCCGAAGAGUAUUAAAUGAAAUAUUUAAGUAGCAAGAAAAGAUUAAAUAUACUUGAAUAUUUGAAAUACAUUUUUACAUAGAACAUUAA